GCGAGUGCGGCAGCAGCGCAGCCCUGCGUCACGACACACACACACACACACACACAUACACAGAGAGUCCAGAAAUAACUUUACCUGGCGAGUUUCCGUCACUCGUCGGGCGCGAGGAGGGUUUAUCGAGGCACCAGCUCUAAAUGGCGAGUCGAGGUUUGGAUGAAGGACGGCAUCUUCCUCUGCAGGAUCAUCAUCACCACCAUCACCAUCAUCAUCAUCACACCGAACCUGCUGUGCGCGAGGCGCAGAGAUGGAUAGAGGCGGUGACCGGCAGGAGUUUCUCUGACAGGGACUUCAGAGCUGGACUCGACAACGGCAUCUUACUUUGCGAACUGCUGAGCUCGAUCAGGCCGGGUCUGGUGAAGAAGAUAAACCGGCUGGCCACUCCUGUCGCUGCUCUGGAUAAUGUGGCGCUCUUCCUGAAGGGUUGUGAGGAGUUGGGUUUGAAGGGAUCGCAGCUGUUCGAUCCUGAAGAUCUACAGGACACCUCCACACACACCAACAAGUAAGAUCAACCACUCGUUACACUC